AUGGUCCGCGGGGUAGCAGAGAUAACUGAUAAGGCACGACAUUCCAGGGGUUUCUCCGGCGUGGUUCUCCAGCGAACUGAAGCUAACGUGUCCUCGAGAAAGGCUCAAGGCCUUGUCGCCGGACAGACAGACUGUGCCGAGCAGGACAAAGGAAAGAAGAUGUCCACAGACACCGUACCACACGGAAAUAAGCAACAAAGAAUCGAUUUGAAAUCUCGGUAUGAUACAGGAGCAUGGUGGGCAGCACCAGGCACCGGCGCAGCAAGUGGCCGUGAAAUAGGAGCAGCAAGUUACAGGUACUCUUACAGGUACCGGGGAGAAGUGAAAGUAUCAUCUCUACUCUCACAAGGUCUCAAGGAUAAUUUACAUGUCUUUGGUUCUACAGAAUCAGAGAGGAAGUUCAGUUGCAAAGCCACGGAGUAG